AUGGCUGCUGCAACUGCAAUGUCUCAAUCUCUGCCCUUAGGAAAGAGGAGUUGCUCCGAAGCUGAUCUUCAUGCAACACAUUCUGAGAAAAUGCCACGACUCAAAUCAGAUGACUUUGUAACACAUGCAUCUUCAUCCCUCAUGAUGUUCGCCGAGCUUGCAGCGGAGCGCCUCCGUCAGGAAACAGAACAUCGAGGAAGCACCUACAGUCUCGCGGAUGUGAGAGCAUCGGCUUUGGCUGCAAGGAACGCUGUUCAUCUGCCAUCACAAUCAGACCGCGGAUAUGUUUUGCCUAAACCGCAGGCCCAGGUCAGUCAUUCUCAGUAAUCAGAUGACUUUGUAACACAUGCAUCUUCAUCCCUCAUGAUGUUCGCCGAGCUUGCAGCGGAGCGCCUCCGUCAGGAAACAGAACAUCGAGGAAGCACCUACAGUCUCGCGGAUGUGAGAGCAUCGGCUUUGGCUGCAAGGAACGCUGUUCAUCUGCCAUCACAAUCAGACCGCGGAUACGUUUUGCCUAAACCACAGGCCCAGCGUUCCUACACCAAUUUCUCCAUGUCACCUUUGACUUCACCCGUAGCGAGUGCUAAGAAGUUUGCAGCAAAAAUGGGGAACACUUACCAAACUCCAUCUCAGCCUUUGAAAGAACUUCAACCAAUUAUCUUACCUACAACCCCGGCCUGGACACCUCUUACAUUUUCCAAUUUCAUGAGAUUGCCUUCAGAAAUGACUCACGUCAGCUGUCCAGUAGUUCCACGACCGAUUCGGAAAGUUCCCGUGGAUCAGAGUGAGGUCACUGGAGCAAAGCCGGGCGUUGUGAAGCACGCUGUUACAACUAUUCUUGGUGUCUCCAACAAAGUCAACACCGAUCCGUUCAAUCACCGUAACUCCUCGCCUUUUCAACUAGUAAAAAAAGGAGAUAAACCCCAGUAA